AUGUUUGGUGCUUUCAAAUCCUCACCCGUAGUGAGUGGAGGUUACUUGUGGAAAGUUGCUCCCAGAUUGUCGGGCCCACAAAAGUACAGAUUGAGAAACAGAAUGAAGCAAGUGGACCAGAAUAUCGAAAACAUCUACACAGCUUUGGUUGCCCACGAAGGAAAGAAACAGGGAGAAUCCACUGGCUACGCCAAGAUCGAUCACCUCAAGUUCUCGAUGCCCAAGGAGUCAGAAAUGGCACCCCGUGACAAGUACACCACUUUCACGAAGCACUCCAAGACUUACCGUAAGGACCUUCAUUUGGUUCCAAAGUGGACCAAGAAGUCCUUCAGAGAAAACCCAAAGUACUACUGA